AUGGCAGGGUUUGGAGAUUAUAGUGCUUAUAAUCGACCCUUUGGACUAGAUCCUAAUAGGGAAACAAACGAUUUGUAUGAUACUCGUUAUCAACAGAUUUAUGGUUAUCAUACUCCCUUGACAGAAGAAUAUCAAGGUCCACCCUUGGUAAUGGAUGACCCUCCAGAAGAAGAAAGUAAUACAUAUGUUACAACUGCUAUAAGUGUAGCCAGUCUUGUGACAGAGAAUUUGUUGAGCCAUCCAUUUAUAGUGCUUAGAAGGCAAUGCCAGGUUCAUAAUAGUCUAAGAAACUAUCAUAUAGUACCAUACACCCUCCUCCCAGUUGUGGUAAGGCUACACCGAAGACAGGAUUUCACUACUCUAUGGAAAGGUAUAGGGUCAACAUGCAUUAUAAAAGGACUUAACUUGGCUGUUGAAGAUGUGAUAUCAAAAGGAACUGGAUGGCCUAAAGAAAUUGGAAAAUGUGGUUCAGUUCUACAAUUUUUGCAACAUUUAACCUUAAAAUGUAUAAGUGUAGCUAUUGUAACUCCUUUCUAUUCUGCAAGUCUUGUUGAGACUGUUCAAAGUGAUAUUGCUAGUGAUAAACCAGCAAUUUUUGAUGUAUUCAGAGAAGGUUUUGUUCGAAUUUUGGAAUGGGGAACUCCAAGCCGUGGCAGAAUGUUGCCUAUAUGGGCUAUUGUAUUGCCAACAGUUGGUCUUGGUAUAUCAAAGUAUUUUGCCCACAUGUUAUUGAAAAGUGUAACAGUCAGGAUCCUCCGUUUUCAACAGCGUCAUAAACAUGAACUCCAUGACUCAUACAGCUCAAACUAUUCUAAAAAUUCACAAAAUCCCUUAAUUGAAGAUAUCAACUUAAAAGCCAAUAUUUUCUCUUUUAUUACUAUGGAAAUAUUGUUUUACCCAGUUGAAACAAUCAUACAUAGACUUCAUAUACAGGGAACACGGACUAUAAUUGACAAUUUAGAUACAGGUACAUCAGUAACUCCAAUCUUAACUGGUUAUGAAGGGUUCAUAGAUUGUUACAACACAACCAUUGCUAAGGAGGGUGUUGGAGGUCUAUAUAAAGGUUUUGGAGCCUUGAUUCUGCAACUUGCUGCUCAUUUAGCAAUAAUAAAAUUAACAACAUUCAUAGUAUCUGAAAUGUCUAAUCUCCUCAAACCUGCCUCUCCAACCAACUCGGAGGACUCUGCUCAUUCUCAGCAGAAAUAUUUAUUUAAU